CAAAAACAUCUUCUAGUUUUUUUGGAAAUAUGAAUCUGCAACCACAUUCGGAUCACUCCAUUCUUCGUUAUCAUCUAUAAUGGCGACUCCACUGUCGAGCCUGGAGACCGGUGGAGGAGGUGUAGCUGUAAUGGCAGGUCCUUUGAACUCAAUCGAUCCAUCAGCACCGGCUAAAUCUUGCUUAAAGAACUCCGACAGUAAAUCGCCGAUUCUCAUCUUCUUGUUCUUCCACAAGGCCAUCAGAGCAGAGCUGGAUGCGCUUCACAGAGCUGCCGUAGCUCUUGCCACUAAUAGUGAUGGUGCUGAUGCUAGCUCGUUGUUGGAGAGGUAUCGUUUUCUUCGCAUGAUAUACAAGCACCACUGCAAUGCCGAGGAUGAGGUCAUAUUUCCUGCUCUUGAUAUACAUGUGAAGAAUGUUGCUCGCACUUACUUCCUUGAACAUGAAGGAGAAAGUGUACUCUUUGAUCAAUUGUUUGGGUUGCUGAAUUCAGAGAUGCAAGAUAAAGAAAGCCGCUGGAGAGAGCUGGCCUCCCGAACCAGAGCCCUCCAAACAACAAUUACCCAGCAUAUGUCCAAGGAAGAGGAACAGGUCUUCCCCUUACUUGCUGAGAAGUUCACAUUUGAAGAACAGGCAUCAUUGGUAUGGCAAUUCCUUUGUAGUAUUCCUGUUGACAUGAUGGCUGAAUCUCUUCCUUGGCUUUCCUCUUCGAUAUCAUCUGAUGAACAUCAGGACAUGCAAAAGUGCUUGUGCAAGAUAAUCCCAAAAGAGAAACUUCUCCGACAGGUUAUUUAUGGCUGGAUGGAAGGGGUAAAAAUGGCUGAUAUAUGCCAAAACUGCAAAGAUAAUUCCAAGGAUAGAUGCCAAGCUUCUUGCAGUAGUCAUUUGAUUAGUAAAACUAAGGGCCAGUGUGCAUGUGUAUCUUCCAAGGCUGGCAAAAGGAAAUAUGUGGAGAUAAGUUAUGAUCAUACAAAUUCUGCUGUGUCCUGUCCUAUCAAUGAAAUAUUGCUUUGGCAUAAUGCUAUAAAACGAGAGUUGACUGAUAUAGCAGAGGCUGCCAGGAGGAUACAACUUGCUGGUGAUUUUUCUGAUUUAUCUGCAUUCAACAAGAGGCUGCAAUUCAUUGCAGAAGUUUGCAUCUUCCACAGUAUUGCUGAGGAUAAAGUUAUAUUCCCUGCUGUAGAUGCUGAACUCUCUUUUGCCCAGGAGCAUGCAGAGGAAGAAAUUCAAUUUAACAAGCUCAGAUGCCUUAUUGAAAGCAUUCAAAGUUCUGGAGCCAACUCCUCUUCUGCUCAAUUCUAUAGAAAGUUGUGCUUGCAUGCUGAUCAGAUAAUGGACAGCAUACAAAAGCAUUUCCACAAUGAGGAAUCUCAGGUACUUCCACUUGCUCGAAGGCUUUUUAGCCCCCAAAGACAGCGAGAACUUAUGUACCAAAGCUUAUGUGUGAUGCCCUUGAAAUUGAUUGAGUGCGUCUUACCAUGGCUAGUGCGAACAUUAAGUGAAGAAGAAGUUAGGUCAUUCCUUCAAAAUAUGCAGCUGGCAGCUCCAUUGUCGGACUCUGCAUUAGUUACUCUAUUUUCUGGUUGGGCAAGCAAAGGUCAUUCCAGAGAAGUAUGCCUUUCUUCAAUUGCAAUUUGUUGUUGUCCUACACUGGCUGGGACUCAAAAAGAUAUUACCAAACCAUCCAGUGCAUGCACUACUCUGUGUUCUGCUGAGGAAAGGCCUGCAGUAGUUCAAGAGGAUGAGGUAGAUAACAGUAGAAGGCCAUUCAAGCAAGGAAAUUUAGUAUCAUGCAAAGACACUGAUGCUGCACACUGUACAGGAAAACUUAAUGGCCAUAAAUCUUGUGAUAAUCAGUCUUGCUGUGUCCCAGGGUUAGGAAUGGAUAUCAGUAAUCUAGGUGUUCGUAAUUCUCUGGCUGCAUCAAAAUCUUUGCGCUCAUUAGCAUUUAGUGCUUCUGCUCCGUCGUUGAACUCUAGUCUUUUUAGCUGGGAACCAGAUUUAAGCUCUGCAGAGAACGGGUGUGUAUCACGGCCAAUUGAUAAUAUAUUUAAAUUUCAUAAAGCCAUACGUAAAGACCUGGAAUACUUGGAUGUUGAAUCUGGAAAACUAAAUGAUUGCAAUGAGUCUUUCCUUCGACAGUUCACUGGUAGAUUCCGUCUUCUGUGGGGCUUAUACAAAGCUCAUAGUAAUGCAGAGGAUGACAUGGUAUUUCCAGCACUAGAAUCUAAGGAGACUCUUCAUAAUGUUAGCCACUCUUAUACUUUGGAUCAUAAGCAGGAGGAGAGGCUUUUUAAAGAUAUUUCAUCUGCACUUUCUGAGCUAACAGAACUUCAUGAAUGCUUGAACAGUGCUAAUGAUUCUGACACAAGUAAUGCAAUGAGAAAGUAUAAUGAGAAAGCCACAAAGCUUCAGGGUAUGUGCAAGUCCAUAAGAGUGACAUUGCAUCAACAUGCAAUGCGGGAAGAACUUGAGCUCUGGCCUUUGUUUGAUAGACAUUUUUCAGUGGAGGAGCAGGACAGAAUUGUUGGUCAAAUAAUUGGUACUACAGGGGCAGAGGUUCUUCAGUCAAUGUUGCCAUGGGUGACUUCUGCUCUCACUCAGGAGGAGCAGAAUAAAAUGAUGGACACAUGGAAGCAGGCCACCAAGAACACAAUGUUCACUGAGUGGCUUAAUGAAUGGUGGGAAGUAACACCUGCUUCAUCUGCAUCUGGAGCUACAUGUGAGAGUUGUAUCUCAAUAGGCACUGAUGGCAUCUAUGACAGCAUCGAUUAUGGUGAUCAGACUUUUAAGCCUGGAUGGAAAGACAUCUUUCGUAUGAAUCAGAAUGAGCUUGAAGCAGAGGUAAGAAAAGUUUCACGGGAUUCAACUCUUGAUCCAAGAAGAAAAGCUUACCUUCUUCAAAAUCUAAUGACCAGUCGGUGGAUAGCUGCUCAGCAGAACUCCCCUCAAGCAAGAGUGGAGGAAGUUUUGAGUGGUGAGGACUUACUCUAUUGUGCUCCAUCAUUCCGAGAUCCAGAGAAACAAGUAUUUGGAUGUGAGCAUUACAAAAGAAAUUGCAAGCUCCGUGCAGCUUGCUGUGGGAAGUUAUAUACAUGUAGGUUUUGCCAUGAUAAAGUCAGUGACCAUUCAAUGAAUAGGAAGGCUACAACUGAAAUGAUGUGCAUGCACUGCCUGAAAAUCCAGCCUGUUGGACGAGUUUGCACAACUCCUUCAUGUAGUGGGCUCUCAAUGGCAAAGUACUAUUGCAGUAUUUGCAAACUUUUUGAUGAUGAGAGGACUGUCUAUCAUUGCCCUUUCUGCAAUCUAUGCCGUCUUGGAAGUGGACUUGGGGUUGAUUUCUUCCAUUGCAUGAAAUGCAAUUGUUGUCUGUCGAUGACGUUGGUGGACCAUCAGUGUAGAGAAAAAGGUCUAGAAACAAACUGUCCCAUUUGCUGUGAUUUUUUGUUCACGUCAAAUGAAAGUGUCAGAGCACUUCCAUGUGGCCAUUUCAUGCAUUCAGCCUGCUUCCAGGCUUACACUUGCAGUCAUUAUAUCUGUCCAAUCUGUAGCAAAUCUUUGGGAGAUAUGACCGUUUAUUUCCGCAUGCUUGAUGCACUCCUAGCAUCUGAAGUGCUUCCAGAAGAAUACAGGGAUCGCUGUCAGGAUAUAUUGUGCAACGAUUGUGAAAAGAAAGGAACGGCACCCUUCCACUGGCUUUAUCACAAGUGUGGGUUUUGUGGUUCAUAUAAUACCAGGGUAAUUAAGGUUGACACAGCGACUGGCGACUGCUCUACCCCAAAUCCGUAAGGUUUGGCUAAUUUGUUUUUAUGGUGUCAUUAUAGACUGUUGGGCAUAAUGUUUUCCCCUUUUUCCUAUGAGAAGUCAGAAGACUCAAAAUAGGGGUUGAACAUUGAAUGGAAAAGAAUAUGUUAACCCUGUCGAUGUUUCAAUCAGUUAAAAUUUUGAUAUUUUAAAUUAAAAAUUUUAAGUUUAA